AUGGGCAUGCUCACUGUGCGCGUGUACUACCUCCUGUUGCUCGAGGACAUGAUCGCGGACAACAUCGCCCUCAAGGAGUCGCGGACUACCUCGCGAGCAUACCGCUUUGCAACGGCCUUGCUAACGCGUUGCCGCGGACCACCGGCCACUGCGAACCCGAGCACGGACCCAAGCGGUGUGACCUCCGGUGCACCGGCUCAGGACGAGAGCGAGCCCGUUCAGCAAACGCUCGACAUGGACGGUGAUGAGCCGAUGCGACCCGUCGAAGAGCCUCCCGGUCAGUCACCUCGGAACCUCAGCCGCACGCGAGCACUUCCGGCAGUACCCGUGGACCGUCUCUUCCGCCGGUACCCCAGCCUCGCGGUCGCGGUGGACCUGGAAAUCGUCGUGCUCGUGGUCAACCACGGCCUCGCGGUCAGCAAGGGCGUGGCAGUCAACCGCCCGAUACGAGCGACGACGCUAUCAUCCAGGGUGGCCUCCCUGCAACCACGCAGCACUUGUACUGUGUACUCAUCAAUAUCCUCGUUUACAACAUUGAGAGGUCGAGGCACGAGGAUGACCAAGAGCAAGCGAGCGCACGACGAAUUCAUGAACAAAGAAGGGCGCGAGCCCCAGACACUGCCAUUGGCAAGACAAGGGAAUACAUCCCAGAGAGCGCGAGUACGGGAUAGGCCAGGACAUUUCUGCUGUUUCCAAAACGAUAGGCCCCUCAUCAAAAAUGCGUACACGGGCGGAGAGCGUCGGAUCUUGCCUUCAAGGUGA